AUGAGGGCCAUGAUUAACCACCAUAAGUGGCCAAGAGAGGAUCCGGCUCUCGAGCCUCGAGUGAACACGCCUGCAGCGUUGAUUCACUACCGUCCUUUGGUUUUUCUGUUGGACCUCCUCUCUGAUACUCAGCGAGAGCACAUCGUUGAGUUGAGAGAGGUUCCGGGAAGACGAGCACCACAGAUUCCAGUGAGGUCUGCGUCUAACUCAGCUCAGGAGUCUGUAACCCCGACGUCGGUCCCUCCAUCUGGGCCUCAGCCAGGGGGAGGUCGACCUGACUUGGGCCCUACUAACCCUGCUGAAUCCACAUUGACCCUUAGGGGAUUUGAUGCCCAUUUCCAUCCGGACCGUCUUCGUGCCUUUGCGAACGAGGAUAUCCUGAAUCUUCAGGAAGGGGCCUUGUGGAAAAUCGCUGUUGGGAUCCAUCCUAAGCAGGCCCAUCUCUAUUCCAGGAGGCAAUGGGACCUGCUAUUGUAUUACCUAGCUUUCCCACGGGUAAUCGGACUUAGUGAGGUCGGGCUUGAUCACACCAUGAGUCCAGAGGUAUGGAGACAUCAGGAGGCUCUCCUGUAUCGUCUCCUAGGCCUUGGUACCUUGGGAAAGGUACUGAUAAUGCAUAUCCGUGGAUCCGAUCGGGACCGUUUGGGCAAAGAGGUUUAUCGUAUUGUCCUUAAGGCAUUGCGGGAGAAGUGCCUGGUGCAUCAGAGGAUCCAUAUCCAUUGUUUCAGUGGAGACCUCCAUGAAGUCCGUGAAUGGACCCAAGCCUUCCCCCAUUGCUACUUUGGGAUAACAGGUCUUUGCAAGAACUUUUCCACAAAGCAGCGUGCCGCGGUCCGGGAGAUCCCGCGGGAUCGGCUCCUGUGGAGACUGAUUCUCCCCAUCUCAAGGUCCAUCCAGACCAGGAGUAUAAUACUCCUGCCUAUCUGGGUGAUGUGGGCCAAUUGGUGGCGACAAUCCGGAGACCAACCUUACAGAGAUUAUGACUCUGACAUUCGCCAAUGGGCUGCGGCUUUAUGGGUAGGCCCCCAUUCCAGAGAACUUCAUCCCUAG